GCAUGGUGAUUUAGCAAACAACAUCAUUAAGUCAAUUCGUACAAUUCUUAAAUCAGGCUUUAAGCUAACAAAGUAGUAAAUGAAAUCGAUUGGUGGAAACUCAUUGGUUUAUAUAAAUGCUUCUACACUAAUAUUUGUAGUUGAUUCUCUUAAAAUACGAAUUAUGCAAAUUAAGUAAAAAUAUAUAUUUGAGAUCUCUAUUCUCCAACAUGGUGUAACAAGUUCAAAACCGAAUCAAAAGAAAUUAGGCUAACCAAAAACAACCAAUCCUUAAACCGAGCUCGGUUCGAUGUGGCAGCGAUUUCACUUUAAUUGGGCCGAAAUACUCAAUAGGCCCAUGUUUGAGUUUCAUUUGCACGUGUCUUUGUAGUUCCUCGUCUGCCCUAGUUACCCGCGCCCUUUCCCCGGCUACUUCACCGUCGUCGUCGUCGGCAACUCGCUGACUGAGUGAGUCCCCGAUGACGAAAUCAUUUAAUCUUUGAAUGUUUACUUCUCAUUUCUCUACUUUACCAAAGACUAUGAGUAUCUCCUCAGUCGCUAAGCGCUUCGUUCCGUACAAAAAAUCCCUUCCACUGAGAAAUUCGUAUCGAUUUCUCGAAGAAACUCUCCCUCGUCGACUUAGUUUACUUUUACAAGAUUGCUCUAACCUAACUCUGCUUCGACAAGGUAAGCAAGUUCACGCCUUUGUAAUCGUAAACAGAAUCUCCGGUGAUAGCUAUACCGAUGAGAGGAUCUUGGGGAUGUAUGCAAUGUGUGGUAGCUUUUCGAAUUGUGGUAAAAUGUUUUACAGACUUGAUUCACGACUUAGUAGCAUCAGGCCAUGGAAUUCGAUUAUCAGCAGUUUUGUUCGAAUGGGUUUAUUGAAUCAAGCUUUGGCGUUUUACUUCAAGAUGCUCUGUUUUGGAGUUAGUCCUGAUGUAUCUACGUUUCCUUGUCUCGUCAAGGCUUGUGUUGCUUUGAAGAAUUUCAAAGGGAUUGAGUUUCUUUCUGAUACGGUUUCUUCUCUUGGGAUGGAUUGUAAUGAGUUUGUUGCGAGUUCUUUGAUCAAAGCUUAUCUUGAGUAUGGAAAGAUUGAUGUGGCGGGUAAGUUGUUUGAUAGAGUUCUUCAGAAAGAUUGUGUUAUAUGGAAUGUAAUGCUUAAUGGGUAUGCAAAAUGUGGAGCUUCGGAUAGUGUUAUAAAAGGGUUUAGUUUAAUGAGGAUGGAUCAGAUUAGUCCUAAUGCUGUUACGUUUGAUUGUGUUUUAUCUGUGUGUGCAUCUAAGUUGUUGAUUGAUCUCGGAGUUCAGCUUCAUGGUCUAGUGGUUGUUUCUGGGUUGGAUUUUGAAGGCUCUAUCAAGAACUCACUUUUAUCUAUGUAUUCAAAAUGUGGUCGUUUUGAUGAUGCGAUUAAGUUGUUUCGGAUGAUGUCUCGUGCUGAUACUGUGACCUGGAAUUGCAUGAUAUCUGGAUAUGUUCAGAGUGGAUUAAUGGAAGAAAGCUUAAUCUUUUUCUAUGAGAUGAUAUCUUCAGGUGUCUUACCUGAUGCUAUCACAUUUUCUAGUUUGCUUCCAUCAGUUUCUAAGUUUGAAAACCUUGAGUAUUGUAGGCAAAUUCAUUGCUAUAUUAUGAGACAUAGCAUAUCGCUGGAUAUCUUCUUAACGAGUGCUCUUAUUGAUGCCUAUUUUAAGUGCAGGGGUGUUUCUAUGGCACAAAAGAUUUUCAGUCAGUGUAACUCAGUUGAUGUUGUAGUGUUCACGGCGAUGAUCUCUGGGUAUUUGCAUAACGGCUUAAAUAUCGAUGCUCUAGAGAUGUUUAGGUGGCUUGUUAAGGUAAAAAUAAGUCCAAAUGAGAUAACUCUGGUGUCUAUUUUACCGGUAAUUGGAGGUUUGUUGGCAUUGAAACUCGGGAGGGAACUUCAUGGUUUCAUCAUCAAGAAAGGUUUCGAUAACAGGUGCAAUAUUGGAUGUGCUGUUAUCGACAUGUAUGCUAAGUGUGGGAGAAUGAAUCUUGCUUAUGAAAUUUUUGGGAGACUCUCUAAGAGGGAUAUUGUUUCGUGGAAUUCAAUGAUCACACGUUGUGCCCAGAGCGAUAAUCCGAGUGCGGCUAUUGAUAUUUUCCGUCAAAUGGGAGUUUCAGGAAUCUGUUUUGAUUGUGUGAGUAUUUCAGCUGCUCUCUCUGCUUGUGCAAACUUACCUUCAGAAAGUUUUGGGAAAGCUAUUCACGGUUUCAUGAUAAAGCAUUCACUUGCUUUGGAUGUAUAUAGUGAAAGCACAUUGAUAGACAUGUAUGCUAAGUGUGGAAACCUGAAAGCUGCCAUGAAUGUGUUUGAUACGAUGAAAGAAAAGAACAUUGUUUCGUGGAAUAGUAUCAUUGCUGCAUAUGGAAACCAUGGGAAGCUAAAAGAUUCCCUCUGUUUAUUUCAUGAAAUGGUUGAAAAAAGCGGAAAUCGUCCUGAUCAAAUCACAUUUCUUGAGAUAAUAUCUUUGUGUUGUCAUGUUGGAGAUGUUGAUGAAGGAGUCCGCUUCUUCAGAUCCAUGACUCAGGAUUAUGGAAUCCAACCGCAGCAGGAGCAUUACGCGUGCGUUGUGGAUCUGUUUGGACGAGCUGGUCGGUUAAGCGAAGCGUAUGAAACUGUUAAGAGCAUGCCGUUUCCUCCAGAUGCAGGAGUUUGGGGAACAUUACUUGGAGCCUCUCGGCUUCACAAGAAUGUCGAACUUGCUAAAGUUGCUUCAAGCAGGUUAAUGGAUUUGGAUCCCUGGAAUUCGGGUUACUAUGUGUUGAUUUCGAAUGCGCAUGCUAAUACGGGGGAAUGGGAAAGUGUGACGAAAGUACGGAGUUUAAUGAAAGAGAGAGAAGUUCAGAAAAUUCCUGGUUAUAGUUGGAUCGAAAUCAAUAAAAUAACGCAUUUGUUUGUUUCUGGCGAUGUAAAUCAUCCCGAGUCUUCUCAUAUCUAUUCUUUGCUAAAUUCGCUUCUCGAAGAGCUGAGGCUAGAAGGAUAUAUCCCACAGCCUUAUCUUCCAUUGCACCCAGAGUCAUCAAGAAAAGUAAAUCCAGUUUCAAGAUUCAUUGAGAAAGGAAUGAGAGAUCCAGACAAAGUGUAGAAAACCAGUUGCAGAGAUGUAAUAAGCAACAGCAAAGAGUCCGUGAAUGAAACAGAGGAUCCCUCCUAUGGACAGAACCCGAUGGUGCGAUAUCCCGCAGUUUUUUCUUGAUCUUGAGUUUGCCAUCGUCCCUACGAUCAACAUCGAGAAUGCAAUCGCCAAUAUGAUCCUGAGAAACACACAAAAAAGGAUCUUGAAUCAAAUCUCUCUGCCAGUCCCCUUCUUCACCACAUUAGAUUUACACAUUUGUUCUGUUUAUGUGGUGUUUUGACUUACCAGGAGAAUAUCAGAGAAGCCACAGCGAGCUGUUUAUUGGCAGAGGAUUUUUCAAGGUCUUGUCUAGAGGCAACACAGAGACACCCACCGAGAAAAUUAGCUGUUACAUGGGCUAGCACCAAAAGGAUGCACGCAGCUAAACCGUACUUGAAGGCUGUGUAACUCGGGUCUCUACACUCGAAAAUCCACAUCUUCAAAUGCUUCACCUGCACCCCAAAACAAACAAAUUAGUGAAAUCUGCAACUCCUGUCGACUUGUGGGUGUGUGUAAUGUACCUUGUUCUGAGCUAUUUCGGCUUCAAUGCCGAGAAUUCCAGCUGAAACAUCCAUGGCUAGGAUCAAAAUGCAGAUGAAGAACCCUACAUUUCUUGCCAUUGUCGAUGAAACAAAUUAUUACCAGCAAACAAAGAAGCAGAAAGUAUUGUUGUUGAAGUACUAACUUGUUCUUGUAAUUUAUAGACAAUUAGAGUUUUAAGCUUUAAGAAACUCUCUUCGUUGGAUAGAAUAAGAAUAAAGUUGAACAUAAGUUUCCUUUUC